UGUAUGAUGAGGCUAUUGAGGAAUACAUGUAAGCAAUUAAAAUCUAUCCCAAUUAUUCUUUGGGUUAUAACAACAGAGGUGAAUAUUAAUAACUGUUAAAUAGAAUUAUCAGACUUUAAGUUGUAGAUGUUUGAUUGGGCUUUGGAGGAUUACUCGAAAGCUAUUUCAAUUAACCCAUAAUUCCAUAUUCCAUAUAAUAGCAGAGGUGAUCAUUCAGAUAUAUUAAAAGGGUUAGUUUAUGAACAGUUGAAGUAAUAUAAAGAGGCUUUAAAAGAUUUAGAAAUUGCACUUCAGAUUAACCGCACAUAAAAACAGAUGUAACUUUUAAACAUUACUUACUAGAAAAUGUUUAUUCUAAAUUGAAGAUCCAUGAUGAUAAAACCGAUAUGGAUUAUUCAAUUCUAAUACAAUUCAUUGAAAAAUU